AAGAAUUUAUGUACUAAGUCACAUUGAUUGAUCGAUCACAGAAGUGAAAACAUAGUAUAUUAUAAUAUAUCUGUGCUGUGAAUAAUUAAGUUUCAUAAAGUACGAUGGCUGGUCGACAUUUAUUUAUUACCAUGAGCUUAAUCUCGAUAGUGACUGCAUUGCCUAGUCCGAUAAAAUUAGUUAGUGACUAUUCCUUCCCCUUCGUAAGCCGAGAGGAAUGGGGUGCAAGGCCACCAACAAUGACAUCACCACUCAAAGUCAGUCCAGUGCCCAUAGUAGUGAUUCACCACAGCUACAUUCCCAAAAUAUGCUUAGUUCGAGCAGACUGUGAGAGAGAUUUGCGUAAUAUGCAAAGAGUGCACCAAGUGACUAAUGGCUGGGAAGAUAUUGGAUAUAGUUUCGCAGUCGGCGGUGAAGGAACUGUGUUCGAGGGCCGUGGCUGGAGUUCAAUUGGUGCUCACGCGUUCGGCGUUAACACCCGAAGCAUCGGAAUCUUGUUGAUUGGAGAUUUUAUUUCUAAUCAACCGCCCCAGGCGCAGCUACAAUCUGUCAAGGACCUGAUCGAGGCUGGUGUGAGGCUCGGUCACAUCCGAUCCGAUUACAAACUCAUCGGACACAGACAAGUCACUCCCACUGAAUGCCCUGGACAGAGACUGUUUGAUGAAAUCUCAAAAUGGGAUCACUUUUCACUGAAUUGGGAUGAUUAAAAUUUAAAAUAAGUACAUAUUAAUAAUAUUUAUGAACUGAAU